UCGCGCGCACGGUAGUAACAGGAAGUAAAAGGGAAGCUACAACCAAACCAUAACAAGCUGAGCAGAAGUAUUUAUUUUAAAGAAGUGUUGUCUUAAAAUGGACUCUCGGAGUUUAAAUAACGAGUCACGCUGCGUGUUUUUUAACUCCUCCUCAAAGGACAAUCGAUGUGCGGUGAUUUUAUCAGUAAAACGAGCCACAGGAACCUUCUCCUUAGUYGGAUGUGUUUUCAUGCUGUUUGUAAUCUGGCUGCUCCGACGCUAUCACUCCCUGGCUCAGAAGAUGAUUCUCAGCCUGACUGUAGCCGCCUUCUUCGACAGCGUAGCAUAUGUCAUGGGCGAAACCCAUCCGAAGGGAUCUCUCUGCAACUUCCAGGCCUGGUGGCUGACAUACUUCGACUGGAGUGCCUUGGCCUGGGUUUGCCUCAUUACCCUGAACCUGUAUCUCAACCUGGUCAGGGAAAUAAGCACCAACAAAUAUGAGAAGUUUUACCAUCUGAUGGCGUGGGGGUUACCUCUGGUCAUGGCCUCUUUGCCGCUGCUGAGAGGUUGCUACGGCCCCGCGGGAGCCUGGUGGUGAGUUUCCUGCUUUUGCUAAGGCCCUUGUUCUAACUCUGGAUUCCCUUAAGUAGGAGUUUAAAAAAAUUUGGCAAUUAUCGACGCAUCUGAUGACGGUCAACUAUCUGCUGGAAGGUUGUGAGAGGGGAAAGAAAGUGGAAAGAGGCCGAGGUGAGGAGGCGGCGGAAUGAGAAUUGGGACAGAGCCGUAUAAUCUCCGGGCUCGGCUCUCUCUUUCCACUCGCCGCUUAUUAAUAGCUGCAGCUGCACGGCUUUUUCCUCU